AUGCGACUCCCGUUCUUAGCGUUAGCGUUGCUGGUGACCACAGCCUUCACCGACACCCGUGUAUUCAUUGGAGAGCUAUUCGAACACAAUCUUGGAGACAACUUCACCGUCGCUUCUGGAAAAAACAACCGUCCACUUCCUUCCUGGCUCAUGAUCCGCGACCAAAUUCUCACUGGAAUCCCGACCGAGAACGAUGUUGGCAGACACACUGUUGUGAUCACAUCCAGAGGACGCAAGCCCGUUUACCUGUACCUUAAUGUCGAGGAAGAAGUCAUCAGCCCAUGUGGAACCGUCAACAACACCUUCUGGAUGGAAACCUACCAUGAGCAGAAUGCUACCCUCGCCAACAGAAUUGAGACUGCCCUUGCCAUGAAUGAAUUGGAGUUGGACCCAGAAGUCAAAACCGUUCGCGUCUACUCCUACAACUUCAGUUUGAUCAACCGUAACUUGGAGGAGAUCAGUCAAGAUGCCGUCAGUGGACAGUACAUGGCUAUCUGGAAGGUUGCCUGCGAGGACUUCGAUGAUGCACUGACCUACAUGGAUGAUUUCGUUGAUCGCGAGGAUGUUGACUACGACUCGAUCAAGCUUGCCAAGGGAUUCUUCAAGCCAGGAGUUGCCCCGCAGCCAACACCGGAGCCACUCGAGGAGACCACUACUCAAGCAUACAUCAAGACAACCACUGAAGUCGUCCGUACCACCAGAAAGAUUGCCGACAACAAGCCAAUCCUUCUCAACAGACUCCCAUCUUUCGUUUGCACCAGAGGUGAAAUGUGCGAGCUCCGUGUACCAGCUGAGACCUUCAAGGAUGCCGAAGACGGAGACACUUUCAAGAUGAAACUGUCGGUGUUGGCACUCGAUAACGCUGAAGUCUGGAUGAUCAAUGAGUCGAACAAGGGACUUAUCGGAAUUCCAAUGCGUACCGGAGAAUUCAACUACCGUCUUGAAGCUCGUGAUAAAGCCGGACAGCUUGCUUCUGCUCCAUUCCAAGUCAACGUGAAGCCAGCUCUUCCAACCAAUCACCGCGUCGAGCUUGAGAUGGAUAUGCCAACUCCUCAGCAGAUGGCUACAAACCCAUCAAAGAGAAACUUGCUCAUGCGAGCCCUCGCUAGAUCUCUCAAGUCUCCAGUCCAUAGUUUCACUAUCCAAGAGAUCGGAUCCAAGAACAACAAGACUAUGGUGGCUUUCAGCAACAACACCAUUCCAUACAAGGUCUGUGAUGAAGAUGCAGUUGAUGCUAUGGCCUCCAAAAUGAUCAUGAAGCAGAAGAUGAGAACCAAGACCGAAUUUGUCAAGACUAUGGGCAACCAGUUCUAUGUCCGACGUGCCACCAUGAUCCGCCACGGAAACUGCGACGAGACCGUCGAGAUCAGCACUACUGCUCCAACCAUCCAAUCAAUGCAAGAAGCUGAUUCCCAACUCAUGCUCAUCUGCAUCCUCUUGUUCCUUCUUCUCGUCAUCGCUGUCGCCAUCAUCAUCUACUGCGCUUGCAUCAAGAAAAACGGAAAGAAGAAGUCUACCAGCACCGAAUACGUCUCCAAGGGACUCCCCGUUGUCUUUCCAGAUGAGGUCGAGGAGAAUGACCCUACUCACGCCGGAACUCCAAUGUUGGCUCGAGAAGAACGCCCACCACUCAAGGUAUCGCAACACGAGAACCCAUUGUACAAGCCACCGCCACCAAUCGCCAGCAACUCUCCACGUCUUGGACAUGCCUCGUCGUCCUCUAACCAGAAGCUUCAAUCGCCUUUCAUCCCUCCUUAA